AUGGACUGGCUGGACGCGGAGACCGCCGAGCGCGACAAAGCUAUCUAUGCCGCAUAUCGGGCCCACACUUCUUUACGGCACGGGCGCAUCACCAACGAGCAGGUGGACGGCGCCCUCCGGGGUGCUCUCUGGGAAGCGACGUCGAGAGCUGAGCAGCAGUUUCAUGAUGAACCGUAUUUCCUCUCCUGGCCUCUCCCUCCCUCCCUCCCCUCCUCCUUUUUCACGGGAGCUCUGGCGCAUACUUUUGCUACCGAGCUCGCUGCCCUGUACUACCCGUCACAACUCAAGACCGCCGUCACCCGAAUUGGGCCUAUCCAAUGGAAGGGAGGUUUCUACCGCGAUUUGCUGAAGUCCAUCACGGCUGACCCCAGUGCCUGUGUCAUCUCCCGCUCUAUUCUGGUGUCUUCACAGCUUGGUAAGGCAUCGCGAAGAUGCUUGCGGACUAGGUCGAUGCCAGCAAUACUUGCCACAGCAGGGGUUACACAGGUCGGGGGAAUACCAGGUCGGGGCACCGGGCAUGCGUCAGUCAUUAUUCGUCUUGCGCAAGCUGUUGCUGCUGCUCGUGCUCUGUCUUUCGGUGCGCUAUUCCUGGAUGUGGUGCAGGCUUUUUACCGCACCCUACGUGAACUACUCCUUCGCUCGCCGCUCGACGAUGAUGCCGUUGCUUGUAUUGUCAG